AUGCUGGAGAGGUCUGCAGGGCUUCGUUGAUGUCAAGGGAGCUCCGAACUUCGCAAGCCUUGUCGAUAUAAAAGCGCGGAGCGCGGACGUUACUGCUCCUUCUGUGUGCCCCAAACGUUGUUGCAGUGACAUCAUCGAGAUGUGUCUGUGCUUUGCUGCCUCUUGCACACCCAUUCCUCUCUCGUCGCUGUCCAGAUGAUCUUCACUCAUCUCCGAGCGAACGGGAGUGUUGUCAAGACCUCGUCAAACACUAUGGGCUGACACAAAGUACCUCGAAGUUUCGUAUUGUCUGCAUUCUUACCCUCCCUUCAACUCAAUGUGGCUCGCAUUGCUGCCCAUCUUGAUCGGCUCUGUCUGUGGUCCACCCAAGUCAUCCCACGAGCUUUGCUUGAGUGUCCAGUCGUGCUGCAUUGGAACACACACUCUGCCUGGCACUGAUGCGCCAUCGUCAUUCGAAGUCUUCUCGGGGCCGUCAAGAACACUCUUUCGCAGCACCGUGAAGCCUGCAGCUGAUGGAGGCCCCGACUUGAGCUGCACCAGCCGGACCGGUAUUCCCUGGAUACCCGAUUGCUUGCUUGUCGAAUCCAGGAUGUCGCCGUCUUGGACCGAAUUUGUCGUGGAUGUCAAUGCGAUCAUGAAGAAACAUGUUCAAGGCAGCUCGGACAUGAUCGUGGCGGCGAUCGCAGACUGCUGUGAUCUCAGGUGGGAAACAAAGAUGAGCUGGCAUCUCAACACGGGUGACAUCGAGGCAACGGAGCCUAUCUUCUUUCUCAAAUGCACGAAUGCCUGGGGAAGAGUCACUCGUUAUCAAAAAAGGAAAUGCAAGGCCUUCUUUCGGGAAACAGUCUACUACACUUGCGAAUUGGACGAGCUAGGCAACACCUGCGGGCUUUCGCUAAAGAGCUGCGAACGCCCAAUGAUUGUUAUAUCAAGCGAAUAGCGAGCUUGCAGUGAGAACGCAAUGCAAGCACUUAUUGCGCUGCCUCUCAAUUCAGCAACAGGAACGCAAAUUCGCUGUGGCGUGGGCAAGCUUUGUUGAGAGUACGUCCGCCGGAACCCUGCUGACGGACGCCACGAGUGUGUCAUUCACAUCAUCUCUUAUUGACAAUGCCUGCGUCGAUGCUCUUGCAAAUUGCUAUCAUACUCGAGCGGUGCAAGACAAG